AUGGCUAUGCAAUCCGGUAUUGGGUUAUCGAGGAUUCUGAUUUUAGCUGGAGCAGGUUAUACUAGUACGAUUCUGGUCAAGAAUGGAAAAAUGGCGGAUAUUUUAGGGGAGUUACAGGCUUUGGUUAAGCGAUUUGAGAAACCAGGAGAUAAUUCAGAUGAUGAUUCGGAUGCCAUGGCUACUCAGAUGCAACGAUUAGCAAUGGAGAUUCGGCAAAUGGCCUCGUCUCGGCAGAUAACUGUCAUGAAUGGAGCUCAAGGAGCUGACUAUACACCGUUGAUAGUCCCGGCAGCAACAUUGGGAGCUAUAGGCUAUGGCUACAUGUGGUAUAAGGGGAUGUCAUUCUCUGACAUCAUGUGCAUAACCAAGCGGAACAUGGACAAUGCAGUGGCGAACUUGACUAAGCAUUUGGACACCGUUUCAGAAGCUAUCUCUAGUGCUAAGAAGCACUUGUCCGAGCGGCUUAAGAAGACGGGCGAUAAGCUGGACUCGCAGAAGGAUCUCUUAAAUGGAGUCAAGGAUAAUGUGGGUUUGGCUCUUGACGAUCUUGCUAACAUUGGAGAUGAUCUUGACGCAAUGCAUAGCAUGUUUGGUGGUAUGGGUGGAAAAUUAGAUAGUAUUGAGUACAAGCAGAAUAUUGCAAAUUUGGGUUUAAUGUAUCUAUGUGACUCUUUGGGUGGAGAAAAUUACAAGAUGCCUGAUAUUCUGAUGCAGGAGAAGCUUCGUCUUUCUGGGAAGUCAAACGCAUGUAUAGUACUUACAAACGAAGAAACUUCAAGCUCAGAGGCUUUGCAAGAAAGCGACAAGAUAGAGCUACUUGAAGGCUGA